AUGUCCUCUGCCGCUGACAGUCUCAAAAAGCCUAUUCUUGCUCUCCCCUCCACUGCUGAUGAAACUGUCAAUGUCGAUAUCAAUGAUACCUACAAAUUAAAAGAACUUGGUCCCAUCGUGAUUAAUGAGAAUGGCACUAUGAGCAGAAUCAACAACUGGUUUGAAAUGAACGACAUUGAAAGAGCCAAUGUCAAUAGAAUUUUAUUGAAAAGAAACAGAGAACGCUUAGCAAAACUUAAAGAAGCUGCAGAUAAAGCAGAAGCAGAAGCCAAAGAAGUGUAA